CAUCAUCGUUGGUACGAGUGUACAUAUGGUAUGGUUGGUUAUCCCGAAUCUCUUACCGAUCCGUCAUAUCGAGGACAAAUCCUUGUCUUAACUUUUCCGCUCGUGGGCAAUUAUGGUGUUCCUUCACGUGAUGACAUGGAACCUCUUCUCAAAGAUAUUCCAAAGUAUUUUGAAUCUUGCGAAAUACACAUUACUGGCCUAGUAAUCGGACAAUAUUCUCGUGAAUUUUCUCAUUAUCUAGCGCACUCUUCGCUAGCAGAUUGGUUAAAAGAACAUGAUAUCCCGGCUAUUUAUGGAAUUGAUACUCGCGCUCUUACAAAAAAGAUUCGUACUCAAGGUGUAUUUUUGGGCAAGAUUCUAUUUCCAAAGAGCGUCGUUGGUAACGCCGCUUUGGGUAUUUUGACAGGGAAUGAUCUGCCUAUUGAUGGAGUAGUCCAUCCAGAGCCAUGGAUGGCUGAUUAUCAGGAUGUUCCAUGGAUUGAUCCAAAUGAAAAAAAUCUGUUUCUGUCAAAGAACCCAAAUUAUAUACUCCUGAUCCGUCAAAAGCCAUCACGGAUGCGAAAG